CCUCGGCGCACGGGGCUUUUCCGCGCCAAACUCCAAAGCCCGCGGAGCGCAGCGCGGCACCGGCCUCCAGCACGGCCAGGCCGGACCGGCGCCAUGUGGAUCCAGGUGCGCACCAUGGACGGGAGGGAGACGCACCGCGUGGAUUCGCUUUCCAAGCUCACCAAGGUGGAGGAGCUCCGGCUGCGGAUACACGAGGUGUUCGGAGUGGAGCCGCACCGGCAGCGGCUCUUCUACCGCGGCAAGCAGAUGGAAGAUGGUCACUCCCUUUUCGAUUACAGCGUCGGCCUCAAUGACAUUGUCCAGCUCCUGGUGAGACAAAGCCCGGCCGUGCUUCCCGCUGUCAGUAAGGAAAAGGAUCCCGAGCUCUCGGACACAGACUCUGGCUGUGGCUCAGGCCAAAGCGAAUCCGACAAAAGCUCUCACAAUGGGGAAGGUGCCCUGGAACUGGAGGGCCAGCCUGGCACAGCAGCACAGCCCGACUGGACCGACCCGGGCUUUGGCCUCUAUAAGAUCAAUGACCUCGUGGACGCUCGAGAUAUGAACAUGGGGGCAUGGUUUGAAGCCCAGGUUGUAAAUGUAAGCAGAAAAAAACCUGCAAAUGCAUCAGCUGAGAGCUGCUCAGAUCCUGAGCAGCCGAGAGCCAUUCCUGAAGAAGAUGUCAUAUACCACGUCAAGUAUGAGGACUAUCCAGAGAACGGAGUUGUGCAGUUGGGCUCCAAUGAUGUACGGGCUCGUGCACGGACUAUCUUGAAGUGGCACCAGCUGGAAGUGGGGCAGGUGGUGAUGGUCAACUACAACCCCGAUGAGCCAAAUGAGAGAGGGUUCUGGUACGAUGCAGAGAUCCUGCAGAAAAGGGAAAUGAAAAUGAUCAAGGAGAUAAAUGCAAAGAUAUUACUUGGGGAUGCUGGGGAUUCCUUGAAUGACUGCAGAAUUAUAUUAGUGGAUGAAAUCUAUAAAAUAGAAGAGCCAGGCAGUGCUUGCCCACUUACUGCUCCUCCAGCCAAACGCCGCAUUGGACCUGUGUGUAAAGCUUGCAAGGACAACCCGAACAAGACGUGCAGAAUCUGUGCUUGCCACAUCUGUGGAGGUAAACAAGAUCCAGAGAAACAGCUCAUGUGUGAUGAGUGUGAUAUGGCUUUUCACAUCUACUGCCUCGACCCUCCCCUCAGCAGCAUACCGGAUGAUGAGGACUGGUAUUGCCCUGAAUGUCGAAAUGAUGCAAGUGAGGUGGUUUUAGCAGGAGAGAGAUUAAAAGACAGUAAAAAGAAACAAAAGAUGGCAUCUGCUAAUUCAUCCUCGCGGAGAGACUGGGGCAAGGGCAUGGCGUGUGUGGGUCGCACAAAGGAAUGCACCAUUGUCCCUUCGAACCACUAUGGACCGAUUCCUGGGAUUCCGGUUGGCACCAUGUGGAAGUUCAGAGUGCAGGUGAGUGAAUCCGGUGUUCACAGGCCCCACGUUGCGGGGAUCCAUGGCAGGAGUAACGAUGGUGCCUACUCCUUGGUGCUGGCAGGGGGCUAUGAAGAUGACAUAGAUCAUGGAAAUUCCUUCACAUAUACAGGGAGCGGAGGGCGCGAUCUGUCUGGGAACAAACGCACAGCGGAACAGUCUUGUGAUCAAAAACUCACCAACAUGAACAGAGCACUGGCUCUGAACUGCAGUGCCCCCAUCAAUGAUAAAAAUGGAGCUGAAGCCAAGGACUGGAGAGCUGGAAAGCCAGUCCGAGUGGUGAGGAAUGUGAAAGGUGGCAAACACAGCAAAUACGCUCCUGUAGAAGGGAACAGAUAUGAUGGAAUAUAUAAGGUUGUGAAAUACUGGCCUGAGACGGGGAAAUCUGGAUUUUUAGUGUGGCGUUACUUACUUAGGAGGGAUGAUGAAGAACCUGCUCCUUGGACCAAAGAAGGAAAGGACAGGAUGAAAAAGCUUGGCCUAACCAUGCAGUAUCCUGAAGGGUAUCUGGAAGCUGUUGCAAACAAAGAUAAGGAAAAGGAGAAUAACGGAGAUGAUGAGUUUGAUACCCCGGGGAAAGGAAAGAGGAAAAGGAAAUCAGCAGGUGGGGAGGAAAAACUCGUGACCUCUCCUAGGGGGACUCCGAAGAAAACAAAAGUUGAGCCAUACAAGCUGACAGCUGAGCAAAAAUCCCUUAUAAAAAAUGAUGAAGCCAAUGAAAAGCUGUGGAAUGGAGUACUAGAAGCUCUCAAAGACGGACCGAAAUUUCUAAGUAAAGUGGAAGAGGCCUUCUUGUGUAUCUGCUGUCAGGAGGUUGUGUUUCGGCCGGUCACAACUGUGUGCCAGCACAACGUGUGCAAGGAUUGUUUGGAUCGAUCCUUCAAAGCCGAUGUGUACAGUUGUCCUGCCUGUCGCUACGACCUGGGCAAGAACUACAGCAUGCACGUGAAUGAAACGCUGCAGACCAUCCUCACUCAGCUCUUCCCUGGAUAUGGCAAUGGACGGUGAUUCUGUAAAGCACUUCUCAUUUUCUUUUGUUCAACCUUCUUAAUGAAUUUUCAAUGGGCUUAAUUUAAAAAGAGAAACAAGUAGUCUGUGUUUUCCCAGACCCCUGAAAAGGCUUCAAAGUCUUCCUUAUUUGGGAAAAAAACCCAAACUAUAAAGAUUAAGGAAAAUCCUUUUAUAUGUUCGUGGGUUUUGUUUUUGUUCUAAACAUUGAAUUUUUGCAUUUUUUUGUUUUCUCCCCCUCAAACUUGUCACCCAUCAGCACAGAAUGAUGCUUCUUUUUGAAAGGAUUUCAAGUGCUUCCGGUCAGGCUGCUAAAGGUUAGGAAAGGUCUCAGAGUGCCCCCUCUCUUUUCUUAUUGUAUUUGAAGUUUUAUUCCCAGAAAAUGGCUUGGUUGCUAGAACAAUCUUCAGUGUUUGGGGAUUUGGCCAUAAAGGUAGACUUGGGCAUCACCUUGGCAGCAAUUUGGAUGUUCCUUUUGUACGUGAUGGCUCCUGGCUUGUGAUCUUUUAACCACAAGUGGGUAUUUGUUACAUAUUUUUGUAAAGAACUGGGAUUUAUACAUUUGAAAAGCUUCUCAAAAGCCAUUUCCUGCUAAUUUUGUAUAUCUAACAAAUGAAGCUGCUUGCGGACAGCCAAGUAGUUGGAGCAAUAUGGAGUACUACCUCAGUUGGGCUUCUUUCUUACUUGGGAACUGUUGGUUCAGCCAGGUGCUGUUUUCUAUCUAGAAAUGCCAUUGUGGAAUAUACUAAAGCCAUUCUUAAGUGCCUUUUGUCCUUUUGCUGAAAGACUGGGCUCUGAAUCACCACAUAUUAUCUAUUUUUUCAUAAGCACUGAAUUGUGUAAACUUGCCAGCCGGAUUUUAAUCUUUGGUUAAAACACAACACUGUAGUUGUACAUGAUUAGUAUGGGUUUGCUGCCGUUCAGGUUUCCUCCUAAUGCUAGGUGUAUUAUCGUAACUUGAGUCUCUUUGUAGUUCAUUUUGCUGCAUUUCUACCUGGAAAUGGAGCAUAACCAAUUCUGCCUUUUCUAUGAACUAUUUCUUACUGUACAUGACCCCGAGAAGGCCUCGCUUUUGUGAAUGGGUUGUCUUUUUUCUACCAUUACCAAAGUUUGCAGUUUCAUACCUCAACAAGACAGGGAUGUUUUUAAUCACACUUUACUGCAGACAGACUGGAACAAAUGUGCCUAUUUUUGGUUUUCUUAACGCUUACUCUUCUUAAAAUUAUAUUAAUAUACAAGGGGGAAAAAAAGCAAACGUUUUAUAGGUUUUUGUGCUGAAUUUGUCAAUUUUGUUGUACAAUGUGCAAGUUGAAGUUCUCAAAAUAAAUAUCUUUUCUGAUGAAA